AUGGCUGCCAACACCAUGGCCACCAUCGAGCCGCGGCUAAUGCACCUCCUCAAUGUGAACGACGACAGGGAUCAUCUACCCUCGAUACACAGCACUCUUGGCGUCCCGGAUAGCCACGAAGAUGCCGCAGCCCUUAUGCUUCCGCCCCUAGAACUCAACUCGCCCGAGUCGUCGGCGGGGAAGCAGUCUCAACAGCAGCAGCAGCAACAGUAUCAACAACAACAACAUCAUCACCAGCAAGCCGGUUUGAACCAUUCAACACUCAACUCGGCUUUUUCGCCCUCGAGCGGCGGUGAUGAGCCUGGUCUGGGUGGUUCCGGAGGCGCCGGCGGGUGGGCGAACCGUCCGCUCCGCAUGUUCCUUGGCGAUGGCUCAGCCAGCUUGGUCGACCCCUUCAUGCUUCCAGGCGGGCCAGACGAUCCGUCGUCAUCAUCGUCUUCGCAUAUGGGCAAGCGGCCACACGUUGUACCACACACAGAUGAACUAAUACAACUACCGCAACCACUGAAAAAACAAAAGUCGAGCCAACAAGUUGGUUCUCUGAACCAGGUCUUUCCGCCCAUCAUCAACGGCCUGCACGAACCGCCACCGAACGCCGCCGUGUUCCCUCCUAUCGCGUAUGCCGAGUAUGAUGGCGACGAGUCGAAAAACCGCAAUGCUGACUACGGAGGAAACUCUGGCGGUGGAGGUACAGGGAACAGCACUGGCGGCGGCGGCGGCCACUAUCUUUUUGACAGCAUGCUCUCUGGAGGUGGGCUACACAUGGUCUCUGAUCACGAUAGAAUGGGUGAGGCCAUGGGCAUGUCCUCGUCUACGCUCCCGCUGGUGGGAGGACGGCACUUUUCGGCGUCGUCUGCCACCGACGUGUCACCAAAAAUGGGCAAGGCGACCAAAAAGUCACCAGUACCCGGCCGUCCAGCACGAGCACCACGGUCGACGCGAUCGACGACAGGCGAAGCCGGCGACUCUCCAGAAGCAGCAUCCUCAACAAACUCUGCAAAGCCGAAACGGCGUGCAACGAAGCCUCGUCGUCGGUGGACAGAAGAAGAGACCAAUCAGCUGCUUAUUGGUGUGAGCAGACAUGGACUUGGCAAGUGGACGGCCAUUUUGGAGGACCCAGAGUUCGAGUUCAGCAGCCGCACAGCAGGUGACUUGAAAGACCGCUUCCGUACUUGCUGCCCCGAAGAGCUACGUGGCAAGUUGAGCCGAAACGAUCCGUCGGGAGCCGCCUCUCCGCCAGACGCAUCCACGCCCUUGUCGUCGACACCAGGGCCAUCUACGGCGUCUGGCCAAGGCAAAUCGAAAACAAGUCUGUCGUUAGAAGACAUAUUGACUGAGCCCGACGAACAACUCGAAGCAUACAACAGCCAGGGCCAAGAUGGCUCGCCUAGCUCAGCCUUGUCUCCAGACCAGCCCAAGAUGCGGAAACGGCGUGUCCACCGGCGGAACAUGGAAGACAUGAUCAAGCUGGGCAUCCAAGGGCCCUUCAAGAAGUCGCAUCGCCGCGAGAGACGGCCAUUCACAGAACAAGACGACAAGGAGAUCCUCGAGGGCCUCCAGAUCUAUGGACCGGCCUGGACCAAGAUCCACCGGCAUCCCAGUUUUAAUCUCGCCAGCCGCCAGCCGACGGAUUUGCGGGACCGUGUUCGCAAUAAAUAUCCAGACAUUUACGCCAAUAUAGAGAAGGGUGUAUUUCAGGGGCAGCCCGAGGGUAGCUGA